AGAUCCCUGUAUGGACGAAGACAACCCCAACCUGCCUCUGAGGCCAAGGGACCAUCUACCCUUCUCUCCACACCACCUGUCUCUUAGAACAUGAACUCUCACUACUUUUACACAUCACCUCGACCUGCACACCACUUUUACAGAUCUAUGUAUCCCACCGUCAUCACCCCACCGAUGCAGUGGCCCAACAACUACAGUCUCUACCCUCCAUUUAUCCCCACCCAGUAUCAAUUCCCCUUAAACUUGGUCUCCAGGAGCACUAGGGGAUUCCAGGGAUCUGAUCCCAGCGCGUUCCACCACUAUCAUCAACCUUCUCCCCUGCCCUGGUGUAACUAUAGACGUAUGUCUAACCCUUACUGGAACUACCACCAGCGCCUGUAUGCCAAUCUUUCUGCUCCAGUGGCUCCUGUGGCCCCUACUCAAACCAGGCCCCAGAGGUUCCAGAACCAAGGAGGGACCUGGCCCGAGGGCUUCACCCUGAGAGGAGAGCUUGGCUGGGGCAGGCUGGAGAGGGUGUAUGGCCCCCGCAGGGAGCUGCCUGAGUUUGUGAGGGAGGACCUGCGGAGGGUGUACGGUACCUAUCCCCGGACGGAUGUUAGUAUCACCUACCAGGGAGGGGAGUACGUGGUGCGAGGGGAGACCCAUGUUGGGGAACAGGAGUACAGAGUGGAGAGGAGGAUAGUGAGGCAGCAGGAGAGUCCUGAGGGGGAUAGCAUGAGUGAGGUAGUAGAGAAGAGGAGGAGAAAGAUGAGAUGA